AUGCGUCUCCUCUCGCUCGCCCUCUUCCUCUCCGCCGCCGUGGCGCUGCCUUCCGCCGAGAAGUCCUGCUCCGGCGUCGGCUUCCCCUGCGGUAACGCGACCGUGAACGCCUACGACUGCUGUGUUCCUCUCGUCUGUGGCCCGGGCGCGAAACCGAAUGUGAUCGUGGAGGAAAGCGCAGAGAGAGGGAUGUUAUUCUUCAGUGCCAAUCGCUAUUAG